AUGUCUAUCCCUGUGCGACGCGCACAAGACUGUUUGAAAGCUGUGCCAGGGUCCAUCAGACUCGACCCGGAAAACGAGCUGCACGUGAUUGGAACAAACUCCAACUUCACCAAAGUAUGCGAGCCAAAAGGUCUGAUUGCUCUGCCAAGAUCCUGGGGAAGUGCCGAAGUCGGCGAGAUUGUUUCCGACACUGAACUCUACCUCAGAAAGCCGUUCAAGUUCUCGUCCCCGAAAACGACCGAGGACGCCAAGAAGGCGCUGCGGGAAGGCUCGUUUUUCAGAACAGCCCCAAGAAUCGACCAGUCGGAAGUGUACUCCAAGGUGUUUGAACAUCUGGCUCACGGCCACUGUUUGGGGCUGUUCUCUGAAGGAGGCUCCCACGACCGUCCUGACUUGCUGCCCUUGAAAGCUGGCGUGGCUAUCAUGGCCCUUGGAGCCAUGGAGGCCAAUCCGGACUGUAACGUCAAGAUUGUCCCUUGCGGAAUGAAUUAUUUCCAUCCACACAAGUUCCGGUCCAGAGCAGUUGUGGAGUUUGGUAUGCCGAUCGAGAUCAGCCCAGAGCUGGUGGCCAAGUACUCCAACCCGGAGACCUCAAAGGACGCCAUCAAGGACUUGCUGGAGAUAAUCACCGGUGGUUUAAAGUCGGUCACCGUCACCUGUCCAGAUUACGAGAGUUUGACCUGCGUUCAAGUCGCCAGAAGACUGUACUCGAACAAUAUGUCCAAGAGCUUAAGUUUGCAGUCGAUAGUCGAGAUGAACAGACGUCUUAUCAAGGGAUAUCUCCAUUUCAAAGACGAACCCAGAAUUAUUGAGUUGAAAAAGAGCAUUCUGCAAUACAACGACAGUUUAAGAAUCUUCAAGAUCCCUGACCAUCUGGUCGAAGGAGGUCGUAACGCCGACACCUUGACCAUUUUCAUCCGGUUCAUCACCUCGCUGAUUCAACUUAUAGUGUUGGGGACACUAGCUCUACCAGGAAUUAUUCUGUUUUCGCCGGUGUUCAUAGCCACCAAGUUGAUUAGCGAGAAGAAGCGAGUCGAGGCUCUGGCAGGCUCGACCGUUAAGAUCCAAGCAAGAGACGUGAUUGCUACAUGGAAGAUCCUGGUGAGUAUAGGAUUUGCUCCUCUGUUGUACGUUUUCUACUCGGCUCUUGGAACUGUGUUGAUCAAAAGGUACUGGGAACUAUCUGAAAGAUCAGCAAUUACCAUUUUCUGUUUAUUCUAUUUGUUUUCGGCCAUGAUCACAUAUUCGGCGUUGAUCUUUGGCGAUAAAGGAAUGGAUCUAUUUAAAUCCAUCAGACCGCUGUGGCUGGCAUUGGUCAACAAACAAGGUCUUUCGAAACUGCGGGCGAAGCGCAGAGAACUAUCUCUGGAGAUCACCGAGGUGAUCAACGAGUAUGGUCCUCAGCUGUUCCCAGACUUCAAUCUGUUCGAAUAUGAAAAGAGACUUGAGUUGAAGAAGCUGAGACGCGACGAGAGACGCAAACAGCAGCACGAACAACGUGUUGCUCUCGACUCAGAGGACGAAUAUGAGGAGGAAAAAACCCAACGACUCAGACAGAGAAGAGCAGCAAAGAAGCAAGCGAAAUCACGGUCUGCUGGAACCACAGAGCCCGAUCAAUCGAUCAAAGAGAAACUGACGUCGUCGGUUCCGAUAAUUUUUAAUGACAAUGAAACAACGUCGUCUGUCGGGCUUUCCUCCUCAAGUGAGAACGAUAUGGCAUCAUCCGACUCUGAAUUCGAACGCGAAGAAAAAUCUGCCGACACCACCAAGCUGGGAUUGGUCAGAGACGCCAUGAUCCGCGAAAACAGAGAACGAAACGAGAAAUCCGACUCGUGA